AUGAAAAACCAAGUGUUCAUCAGUUUUUGUGUGUUAACACUAAUAUUUUCGUCGAUCUCAAUAGUUUCAGGUAGAAAUAUAGUCUGCUAUUUUGCUAGCUGGACAGUAUAUAGACCGGGAAAUGGGCUAUUCGACGUGUCGAACAUCGAACCUGAUCUUUGCACUCACAUCAAUUUCGCCUUCAUAGGACUCCACGAAGAUGGCACCAUCAAUAUAAUCGACAAGUGGGAAUCCGACGACGACGGAAAAUACCACGGAUUCCGUAAUCUGCUGGACUUACGCAAUUCCCAUCCCUCCCUCAAGGUGCUGGUCAGCAUGGGAGGGUGGAACGAGGGCACCAAGAAUUUCUCGAAGGUGGCUGCUGAUCCGGUGCUGCGCAAGACACUGGCCAAUAAUGUUGGCGCCUUCGUCGACAAGUGGGGUUUCGAUGGGUUCGACAUCGACUGGGAGUACCCCGGAUCCAGGGAGGGGUCCAACGUUACCAUCGAUAAGGAUAACUUCGUCGCUUUACUAGAAGACCUCGCGGCUGUUCUGCAUCCAAAGGGGAAAUUACUGACUGCAGCUGUUGCUGGAGGUGUGGAAAGAAUCGAUUUAGGGUUCGAUGUUCCCAGAGUCAACGAAAUACUGGACAUGAUCAACGUGAUGGUGUAUGAUUUCCACGGCCAUUUUGAACCGUUCGUGGGACAUUUGUCGCCUUUGCAUGCGUCUUCAUUGGAUUAUGAAAAUGGAAGGAACGCCACAAUGACAGUGGCCACCGGCAUCGAAUAUUGGAUAUACAAGGGCGCUUCCCCGGAAAAAAUAAACUUGGGGAUCGCCACUUACGGCCGGUCCUUCACUCUGAAAGACCCCAACAACACUCAGCUGUACGCCCCCAACGUGGGGGGAGGCAGGAGCGGGCCGUAUACGCGCCAAGAAGGAUUCUUGGGGUACAACGAGAUCUGCGAAUUGCACUCUGACUGGACGUACCACUGGGACGACGAGCAAAAGGUCCCACACAGGACCAGCGGCGACCAAUGGGUCGGUUACGAGGACCCAGCGUCCCUCAAGUACAAGGUGGAGUUUGCCGUUUCCAAGAAUUUGGGGGGGAUGAUGAUGUGGGCAUUCGAUACCGACGAUUUCGGAGGGCAUUGCGGGGACACCUAUCCGCUUUUGAAGACUCUGAAGAACCAUUUAGCCUAGAUCCAAGAAGAUCUUUUUCACAUUUGUCAAUUAAUAAUGAUUUCAAAUGA